CCCGCACUUCAUAACACUAAACCUAUUCAAGCCUCUCUCCUUUGUCGCCGCCGGCCGAGAGCGUUUCCUUUGAAGCCACGAGGUUUCUUCAGGGUCCUUGACCACUGUCCCGCUCACCCUUCUCGGCGGCUCAGUGUCGUCUCGGUACUCCGCCACGAAUUCUCAAAUUCCCAAGCCGUCAAUCUUAUUUCGCGUUUUCUCCGGAAGAGGCCACCACUAGUUUUCUUCCCCCCCCCUUCGACGACGCCAGGAUAUCCCGAUAUCUGUUUCGCACCACCCAUCUUCGCUAUACGGUCUUCUUGAGGCUGUUGACGUAUAUCAUCGACACAACAAACAACGCAUCCAACCCUCCCCCACCAACGCCCUCACCGCCCCCUCAAGGCGCAGCGACAGCCAUGUCCAGCGCUACAGCUUCGGGUGCCAGCGCAGGCGACGGCGCUGCUCGAAACCGUGACCACAAGCAGGGCAACCAGGGGAGGACAUACACGCCCGAGCAGCAAGCCACCGUCCUGCGCAUCCGAAAAUGCUCACCCACCGCCUUCUACGACAUCCUGGGUCUCGAGGAAGUCAGGACGACGGUGACGGACAGCGAGAUCAAAAAGGCCUACCGGAAGCUGUCCCUCCUGACGCACCCGGACAAGAACGGUCACGAAUACGCCGACGAGGCUUUCAAGAUGGUCAGCCGCGCGUUCGGCGUCCUGAGUGAUAAGGACAAGAGGGCGAGAUAUGAUCAGUUCGGGACGGACCCCGAUUCGCGGUUUGGCCAGGCGCAGGCCCAGAGUCCGUUCAGCGGCUUCGCUAGGAGAGGAGGCGGCGCUCCGGCGGGCGCGGGCGCGGGCGGUGCGGGUGGAGGGCCGGGCAUGUGGGGAGCGGAGGACAUGACGCCUGAAGAGAUGUUCCAGAGAUUCUUUGGAGGCGGGUUCGGUGGUCCCUUUGCAGGCUUCGACACCGGUCCACAGUUUGUCUUCAACUUCAACGGCGGACCUGGGUUCAGGGUGCACCAGUUCGGCGGUGGGCGUCCGCGCGGGCGCCCGAGGCAGCCAGCGCAAAACCAACAGGCAAGCACCAUGUCCACCCUCAUCGGGCUCUUGCCUCUCCUCCUCUUCUUCCUCUUCCCCCUGCUCAGCGGCCUCUUCACCGGCGAGUCCCGACCUUCCACCCCGAGGAUGUACUUCGACCAGCCCAACCCGCCGUACACGAUGGAGCGCCACACCGCGAGGCUCAAGGUGCCCUACUACGUCAACCCCAACGACGUCAAGUCGUAUUCCGAGUACAAGCUGAGGCAGCUGGACGGGACGGCCGAGUCGUCUCUAAUACGUAACCUGCGGUUCGAAUGCGACACGGAGAUGGCCAUGAAACGGAGGCUGUACGACUCGGCGAAUGGAUGGUUCUUCCAGGACCCGGAAAAGAUGCAAAAAGCCAAUGACUAUCAGAUGCCCUCUUGCAGGCGACUCGACCAGCUUGGAGUACAUCGGUGACAUACAUGACCUAGACGGGACAGUGGGGGUUUAUUUUAUGACGAAGAAGAUAAAGAAGACAGGCGCGAGUGAAUUCGCAUUUCAAGAAUCUUCUCUUUCCCUUUACUCUAGAGUUUGGCGGCUUAUAUGGCGUCUUGGCGGGUAACUGUAGCAUAAUGCAUCGUCCUUCCCAUGUAAAUGAAGAAGUCGUUCGCCCUGUACGUUUACGGGUCAUCUGUGACCAGCUGAGCAGAUGCCGGUCACAUCGUGGGACGUCC